CAAAGACGGCAGCGUGACACGCGUGUGGAGGAAGUGUAGUGACUGACAGACCGCCAAACCAGAUCACCUUUACCGGCCUGGGCUGCAGUUUAUUCUCCGUUUACCGUAACAUGUCCUGGCUGUUCGGCCUGAAUAAGGGGCAGCCUGAGGCUCCCCCGGAAUUCCCGGUUCCACCGCCACCCCCUCCACCGGCUGGCGGCUCCGGAGGUGGCGGGGAUAAACCCAAGGACAAAUGGAGCAACUUCGACCCAACCGGGCUGGAACGAGCGGCCCAAGCGGCGAAGGAGCUUGACAAGUCUCGUAAGUGUCUUGCAUGUUAACUAUAUUAUAUAUAGUACUGUAGAACUAGUAACUAGCUUGAAACAUUUUGUUAAUCUCCCCAGAAAGACCGAUGCACCCGCAGCAUGCUUUACAGCCUAAGCAGUGAUGCUGAUGCAACACGGGCCGGUGUCUGACAUAUAUUAUCCUAGUUCCUACAGGUAUCUAAUCUAGUCAACUAGCUAUCAAAUCCUGAUGACCGCUGUCAGUAGAACAUAACACUAUAGUAAACGAGAAUCGCAGGUUUCACUGCUUGGUUUGAACGUUGUGUUGCACAUUUUCAUUCAUGUUGGAAAUUGGUCAUUAGUGCAUUCAAGGUGAACGGUGCAAAGGUCAUUCCUUUUUUGCCAAAUAGCUCUAGUCAGUAUAUAGUUAAUCUUUGCUCUAGUCAAACAUGCAAGUAUUUCACUUAGAAUGUCAAAGUAUACUCCCGAGUGGCGCAGCGGUCUAAGGCACUACAUCUCAGUGCUUGAGGCGUCACUACAGACCCCCUUGUUCGAUUCCAGGCUGUAUCACAACCGGCCAUGAUUGGGAGUCCCAUAGGGCGGCGCACAAUUGGCCCAGCGUCGUCCGGGUUUGGCCGGUGUAGGCCAUCAUUGUAAAUAAGAAUUUGUUCUUAACUAACUUGCCUAGUUAAAUAAAGGUUAACUAAAUAAAAAUACUGAACAAAAAUAUAAACACAACAUGCAACAAUUUCAACGAUUUUACUGAGUUACAGUUCAUAUAAGGAUAUCAGUCAAUUGAAAUAAAUAAAUUAGGCCUUAAUCUAUGGAUUUCACAUGACUGGGCAGGGGCGCAGCCAUGGGUGGGCCUGGGAGGCCAUAGCCCCACCCACUUGGGAUAAAUACUAAAUACUCCUCAGUUUCAUCAGCUGUCCGGAUGGCUGGUCUCAGACGAUCCCGCAGGUGAAGAAGUCGGAUGUGGAGGUCCUGGGCUGGCGUGGUUAUACGUGGUCUGCGGUUGUGAGGCUGGUUGUGAGGCUGGUUGGACAUACUGCCAAAUUCUCUAAAACAGUGUUGGAGGUGACUUAUGGUAGAGAAAUAAGCAUUCAAUUCUCUGGCAACAGCUCUGAUGGACAUUCGUGCAAUCAGCAUGCCAAUUGCACGCUCCAUUAAAACUUGAGACAUCUGUGGCAUUGUGUUGUGACUAAACUGCACAUUUUAGAGUGGCCUUUUAUUGUCCCCAGCACAAGGUGCACCUGUGUAAUGAUCAUGCUGUUUAAUCAGCUUCUUGAUAUGCCACACCUGUCAGGUGGAUGGAUUAUCUUGGCAAAGGAUAAAAUGCUCACUAACAGGGAUGUAAACAAAUUUGUGCACAGAAUUUGAGAGAAAUAAGCUUUUUGUGCUAUGGAACAUUUCUGGGAUCUUUUAUUUCAGCUCAUGAAACAUGGGACCAACACUUUACAUGUUGCGUUGUAUAUUUUUGUUCAGUAUAGUGGGAAUAUAGCUACUGUCAUUAAAUCAAACGUAUAUCUGGAAGACUAAUGUCCUUUCCCUUGUCUUAAUUUCAGGUCAUGCCAAAGAGGCCCUGGAUCUGGCUCGCAUGCAGGAGCAAUCUGUUCAGAUGGAACACCAGACCAAAAUCAAGGUACAGUUGCACUAAACAAGGCACAUGCAGAGUAAUGUGUAGGACACCAAAUACAGUACUAUCAAUCACAAAUCUGAUCAUGCUAAUUGUUCUCUCUCUGUGUGUGAUGGUGGAAGGAGUAUGAGGCAGCAGUGGAGCAGCUGAAGGGGGAUCAGCUGCGUAUUCAAGGGGAGGAGAGGAGGAAAACUGUCGGCGAGGAGACCAAGCAGCAUCAAUCGGUGAGAGGAGAGCAGAGUAAGGGUUUAGUGGUACUGCAGAUUGGGUGGUUGUGCAGUAGUAUUCAUUGUACUACAUAGUAUGUGGUCAAUGAUGGGCUAAUAGCAUGGAUCAUCAUGCAUAGGUAUGGGUAAACCAUAUAAGGAAGUAUUUUCCCUGUAGUAGUUAAGAGAUCUUGAAGAGUUUGUAGAGAGUAGAAUUGUGUAUGUAAGCUUGAAAUUGUUUGCACAAUUAGCUUUAAUGCUGUUGAAACAAAGGGUACAAUGAGAGAGGGAGUGGAACAAGGGAUUACAUAUCUGUCCAGCAGAGGGCGCCAUACAUGUUACUAUUGUUACCGUCUCUAUCCCUUCACAGAGAGCACAGUUCCAAGACAGACUUGCCAGACAGAGGUAUGAGGAUCAACUCAAGCAACAGGUAAGAUCAACUGCCAUUAGCUGCAAUAUCAAUUCAGUACUGUUUAGGCUAUAAAGAAGUACAGUGAAAAUACCAUGUCCAACUGACUGAGUGUGGCCUCUCCUCUGUGUCUUCAGCAAGCCCUGAAUGAUGACAACCUUCGCAAACAGGAGGACUCUGUGCUGAAACAGGAGGCCAUGAGGAAAGGUAUAUAGUAGCCACACAGCUCACACAGCCUCCAGGAAUAUGGUUCUGCUUCUAUAUUCACUGCUCAAUAUAGCCAUAUGGGGUCUGGCAAUCACAAAAUGUCCACUGAUGUAUCCUCUCCAUGCAGCAACAAUUGAGCACGAGAUGCAGCUGAGGCACAAGAAUGAGCUGCUACGUGUAGAGGCGGAGUCUAAAGCGCGGGCACGUGUUGAGCGGGAAAACGCAGACAUCAUCCGCGAGCAGAUCCGCCUGAAGGCAGCAGAGCACAGACAGACUGUACUAGAGACUAUACGGUGAGACAAGGACAUACUGUACUAAAGACUAUACGCUGAGACAAGGACAUACUGUACUAGAGACUAUACGGUGAGACAAGGACAUACUGUACUAGAGACUAUACGCUGAGACAAGGACAUACUGUACUAGAGACUAUACGCUGAGACAAGGACAUACUGUACUAGAGACUAUAUGCUGAGACAAGGACAUACUGUACUAGAGACUAUACGCUGAGACAAGGACAUACUGUACUAGAGACUAUAUGCUGAGACAAGGACAUACUGUACUAAAGACUAUAUGCUGAGACAAGGACAUACUGUACUAGAGACUAUACGCUGAGACAAGGACAUACUGUACUAGAGACUAUACGCUGAGACAAGGACAUACUGUACUAGAGACUAUACGGUGAGAGAUACUAUUGGAGACCUGACUGUCUCUGUAUAUUUGUGUGUUUUCAGGACUGCAGGUGCUGUGUUUGGGGAAGGAUUCCGGGCCUUUGUGUCGGACUGGGAUAAAGUCACAGCUACGGUGAAACCUCCCUUCCACUCUACAUACUUGUUUAUGUUCAUUCAUAUGCAACAUGCAACAAUUUCAUUGAUUUUAGUGAGUUACAGUUCAUAUGAGGAAAUCAGUCAAUUGAAACAAAUGAAUUGGGCCCUAAUCUAUGGAUUUCACAUGACUGGGUAUACAGAUACCUUAAAAAACAAUGGGCCUCACAAUGGGUCUCAGGAUCUCGUCACGGUAUUUUUAUGCAUUCAAAUAGCCAUCAAUAAAAUGCUAUUGUGUUUGUUGUCCAUAGCUUAUGCCUGCCCAUACCAUAACCCCACCACCACCAUGGGGCACUCUGUUCACAACGUUGACAUCAGUAGACUGCUCGACCAUACGAUGCCAUACACAUGGUCUACGGUUAUGAGGCCGGUUGGACGUACUGCCAAAUUCUCUAAAACAACAUUGGAGGCGGCUUAUGGUAGAGAAAUGAACAUUACAUUCUCUGGCAACAGCUCUGUUGGACAUUCAUGCAGUCAGCAUGCCAAUUGCAUGCGUCCUCAAAACUUGAGACAUCUGUGGCAUUGUGUUGUGUGACAAAACUGCCUUUUCUUGUCCCCAGCACAAGGUGCACCUGUGUAAUGAUCAAGCUGUUUAAUCAGCUUCUUCAAAUGCCACACCUGUCAGGUGGAUGGAUUAUCUUGGCAAAGGAGAAAUGCUCACUAACUAAUUGUUCAGUGUAUGAUAUGUUAAAUGUUUAUAUCUGAUUUGAGCUGUCCUGGAGUGUCUUUAAAUGUAGUGUAAUUCCACCACCAGGUGGCAGGACUGACCCUGCUGGCUGUAGGUGUAUAUUCUGCCCGGAACGCCACAGGCGUGGCGGGGCGCUACAUUGAGGCCCGACUCGGGAAGCCCUCAUUGGUCAGAGAGACUUCUCGCAUCACUGUGGCGGAGGCGAUCAAGCACCCGAUCAAGGUAGAGAGGCCCUGCUGUGCAUCAUACAGUGCAUUCGGAAAGUAUUCAGACCCCUUCCUAUUUCCACAUAUUUACAUAACUAUUCAGACCCUUUGCUAUGAGACUCGAAAUUGAGCUCAGGUGCGUCCUGUUUCCACUGAUCAUCCUUGAGAUGUUUCUACAACUUGAUUGGAGUCCACCUGUGGUAAAUUCAAUUGAUUGGAAAUGAUUUGGAAAGGCACACUCCUGUCUAUAUAAGGUCCCACAGUUGACAAUGCAUGUCAGAGCAAAAACCAAGCCAUCAGGUCGAAGGAAUUGUCCGUAGAGCUCCAAGACCGGAUUUCUGUCGAGGCACAGAUCUGGGGAAGGGUACCAACACAUUUCUGCAGCAUUGAAGGUCCCCAAGAACACAGUGGCCUCCAUCAAUCUUAAAUGGAAGAAGUUUGGAACCACCAAGACUCUUCCUAGAGCUGGCCGCCCAGCCAAAAUGAUUAAUCGGGGGAGAAGGGCCUUGGUCAGGGAGGUGACCAAGAACCCAAUGGUCACUAUGACAGAGCUCCAGAGUUCCUCUGGGGAGAUGGGAGAACCUUCCAGAAGGACAACCAUCUCUGCAGCACUCCACCAAUCAGGCCUUUAUGGUAGUGGCCAGAUGGAAGCCACUCCUCAGUAAAAGGCACAUGAUAGCCCGCUUGUAGUUUGCCACAAGGCACCUAAAGUACUCUCAGACCAUGAGAAACAAGAUUCUCUGGCCUGAUGAAACCAAGAUUGAACUCUUUGGCCUGAAUGUCAAGCUUCACGUCUGGAAGGAACCUGGCACCAUUCCUACGGUGAAGCAUGGUGGUGGCAGCAUCAUGCUGUGGGGAUGUUUUUUAGCGUCAGGGACUGGGAGACUAGUCAGGAUCGAGGGAAAGAUGAAUGGAGCAAAGUACAGAGAGAUCCUUGAUGAAAACCUGCUCCAGAGCGCUCAGGACCUCAUACUGGGGCGAAGGUUCACCUUCCAACAGGACAACGACCCUAAGCACACAGCCAAGACAACGCAGGAGUGCCUUCGGGACAAGUCUCUGAAUGUCCUUGAGUGGCCCAGCCAGAGCCCGGACUUUAACCUGAUCGAACAUCUCUGGAGAGACCUGUAAAUAGCUGUGCAGCGACGCUCCCCAUCCAACCUGACAGAGCUUGAGAGGAUCUGCAGAGAAGAAUGGGAGUAACUCCCCAAAUACAGGUGUGCCAAGCUUGUAGCGUCAUACCUAAGAAGACUCAAGGCUGUAAUCGCUGCCAAAGGUGCUUCAACAAAGUACUGAGUAAAGGGUCUGAAUACUUAUGUAAAUGUGAUAUUUCCAUUUUUUAUAUUUUUAAAAAUAGGCAAACAUUUCUGAAAACCUGUUUUUGCUUUGUCAUUAUGGGGUAUUGUGUAUAGAUGAGAGAAAAUAUUUGUUAAAAGUUCCAUUUUAGAAUAAGGCUGUAAUGUAACAAAAUGUGGAAAAAGUCAAGGGGUAUGAAUACUUUCCGAAUGCACUGUAUACGUCCUGUGUCUGAUUUUGGUGUUUUUUUAUUGUGAUUAACUUACAUUUCCUAAACGCUCAUUUUGAAGUACUAUGAAGUGAUGGUGAGGUGCAUUUUCUUAUUUUUCCCCUCUUUUAGAUGUCAAAGCGCCUGACAAGUAAACCUCAGGAUGCCCUGGAGGGAGUAGUGCUCAGUGUGAGUACCGACACUCAGCACACACCUGAGCACCAGAGAGCCAUACCUUAUAGAGUCUCAACACAACUAAACCUGGGAGAUAUUAUACCCAGCACAUGUAUGAAAGAGACAUUCAUAGAGAAUGCUGUGCACACAUCUAGUUUUGUGUAUGUUUUUGUGAAUGUAUGUUUUUGCAGCCCUGCCUUGAGUCAAAAUGUUGAUCUCCCUCAUGAAUUAUUCCCUCUGCUCUGCACAGCCUAACCUAGAAGAACGUGUACGUGAUAUCGCCAUAGCAACUAGGAACACGCGUCAGAACAAGGGCCUCUACAGGAACAUCCUCAUGUAUGGCCCCCCAGGUACUGGCAAGACCCUCUUCGCCAAGGUAGGUCCCGCACAGAAUCAUCUUGUCUAUGACAAGAGGUGUUAUCUUGGUAUCUGUAUAUGUUGGUAACUGUCUCUGUGUUUUGAGUAGAAGCUGGCAGUGCACUCUGGGAUGGACUAUGCCAUCAUGACUGGUGGAGAUGUGGCGCCCAUGGGCCGUGAGGGCGUCACCGCCAUGCACAAAGUCUUUGACUGGGCCAACACCAGUCGCCGCGGGUAUGCUACCCUCACUUGCAGUACCUUCAUGUAAAUGUAACCAUGAUGUAACCGUGUGCAACCAUGUAACGUAAGCAUCUACACAUCUUGACAGGAAAUACAUUUGCACUUGCAUUACACACAUAUGCCAUAAACAGACAUGCACAUUAAACAAUGUACAGAGAAUGAUGUAAGACCAGUGCAACUCUGCUUAUGCCAUCCGGUCUCUUGUCUGACACAGCCUGCUGCUGUUUGUUGAUGAAGCUGAUGCAUUCCUUCGCAAGAGGUCUACUGUAAGUCUGUUGUGUACCUUCCUGUAUUUCAUAGCAAAACCAAAACAAUGAUCUUGUAGAAAUAUUGGAAAACAGAAUUCACGGUGUCUCUUUCUGUUUACAGGAAAAGAUCAGUGAAGAGCUCAGAGCCACUUUGAAUGCAUUCCUGUAUCGCACUGGAGAGCAGAGCACCAAGUCAGUCCUCUACAACUACUUCUUCUAUUUAGACAUUUCAUAUCUACGCCCAAGACCUCUGAUGUACCAUGUCCCUCAGAUAUCACAGCACUCUAACCCUAAUGUACCACUGUUGUGUUGUCUCUCCCUACAGGUUCAUGAUGGUGCUGGCCAGUAACCAGCCAGAGCAGUUUGACUGGGCCAUCAACGACCGUAUUGAUGAGAUAGUCAACUUUGCCCUGCCGGGUCCUGAUGAGAGGGAGAGGCUGGUGCGUCUGUACUUUGACAGAUAUGUGCUGGAGCCUGCCACAGGAGGGAGACAGUGAGUCAUACAGCAUUACACCCACACGACAAGGCAGUGCAGGUUUAAAUAGGGCACUUUCACAAGCACUCAUACUGGGAUGCAUAAUGCAACUGUUCUGAUGUCAAGCUAUUCCCAGACACUUAUGCUGCAUUUACAUAGGCAGCCCAAUUCUGAUCUUUUGCCCAAUUAUUACCACAAAAUAUCUGAUUGGUCAAAAGACCACCAAUUAGUGGCUAAAUAAUUGGUCUGCCUGUGUAAAUGCAGCCUUCGAGUAAUCUGCAUACAGUGACACACACACAUACACACCUACUCACGCACACAUGGGGACAGGCAUUAACACUGAGUGCCUGGGAGGAGGGAGGCCUAUCUCUGUCAUGUUCCAUGUAAAUGACCUCUGGCUGAGAGCUGUGGAGUGUCAGGAGCAGGUCUGAAGAGCAGGUGACCCAGCAGUAAGCAGGAGCCCAGCCAGCUGUAGCCAUGCUAAGUCACUAAUUACAUUGGGGCUCCGAGAGCCUGGAGCCUGAGAGGCAGAGGGGCAGGGGGUGACCUAUACACAGGGCACUGGGAACUGGACCAGGAUCAACAACAACAACACACUCAGACAACAGAGCCAGCUGUUAGAGGGAGCUGGGCCACUUAAGGAGUGUCUCCCCAGACAGUCAGACCAGACCUCAUAACAAAGGCCUGUUUCAUCUCUGACAGACAGGAUGUAAUUCAGUCCUCUAUCUGUCUCUAAUCCCCCUCUAUGUCUAUCUUCCUCUCUCUGUUUGUUUCCAUCUUCCUCUGUCUCUGUCCCUGCAGGAGAAUGAAGCUGGCUCAGUUUGACUAUGGUAAGAAGUGCUCGGACAUCGCUAAGCGGGCAGAGGGCAUGUCAGGCAGAGAGAUCUCCAAACUGGGCGUGGCCUGGCAGGUAUGUGACAUGUUUCCCCUGUUGUUCAUACUUCAAUGCUUUCUCCUGAGCUUUCUGAACGGUUAACAACCGUGAUGCGGUGUCGUGCAGAAUUUUCCAAUUAAGCCAAUUUGACAUAAAUGAUUGGUUGGAAGGAGAGCCUGUGCACAGGCUGGAACUUGGUUAGGGAUGGGAGAAUCAGACAAUGCUGACCCAAGGUGAUUUGGUUAGCCCAGGAAGUCUAGACCCAUUUAUUCUCCCUCCAUGGGCUUAUUAAUAGAAGCAGAGCUGGGAAGUGGAUCGCUAUGUAUACCAUGGUCCCUCCACUGCUGCUGUGUCAUGUUCAUCUCUCCUGCUAGCCUCUUUCUGUGGACAAGUGGGCCUUGUCUGUUAAAUUCCUUAUACAGUACUCAAUAUUCAUACACUGAUCUUGCAAGUAGUUAAUACUGUACAUUUAUAUUUGUAGAUAAAUGAUAUUAGAGAUUUACUGGGCUGUCCGUGUAAUGAUAAAGUCCUUGUUCAGAUGACUGUGAUGUAAUAAUCCAUGUAUUCCAUGUCCUCUUGCAGGCGGCAGCCUACUCCUCAGAGGACGGCGUCCUAACGGAGGCCAUGAUUGAUGCUCGGGUGGACGAAGCCAUGCGGCAGCACCUCCAGAAGAUGGACUGGCUGCAUGGGGACACUGAGGCGGCUGGGGCCAAGAGCACAGCCUCUCCCAGCGCUGGACCAGCAGACAGCCGUAAGAUAGGCUUCACUCUGCCUCUAGGGGAGCCGCCGCAGGCCCAGGAGGUGCUCACUCCGGCUCUGGAGAUGGACAACAAACCAGAGGCCCCUGUCAUUCAGGAGGAGCUGAAACUAGAGGUGCCAGCCCCACCUUCAUCAGACAGUGCUGCCCUGCCUGUGGAGGAGGGGACCGUCCAGGCCAAGGGGGAGGGUGUCAAAGCAGAAGCGGUGGUAACACGUCAGGGGGAGGGGGCAGAGGGUGUAGCCCCGACUGAUGUAGCCCCUAGCAGUGAGGGUGGGACAGGGAAGGUGGGGAAGACCAAAGCUCCUCCCAAGGAUGGGACUCCAGUUUAA